AUGGCACUAAGGAGACAAAAAAUAUGGACGGGUAAGCGCUAUGAAGGUCUGGUAGACAUGGGUUUGGGAAGCGAUGAUAACAACCAAAUGGCUACUCAGGCAUACGUCUUAAUGUUGGUUGCAAUUAAUGAUAGUUGGAAAUUACCACUGGCUUACUUUUUCAUUGACACUUUAAAGGCAGACAUGAAAGCCAAUUUGAUUAAUAUAGCAUUAGAAAAAUGUGAAAAAAUAGGGCUACAGAUUCGUUCGCAUGGUGGAGGCCGAUGGUCUUCACGCACUGAGCUGUCGUCGCUGCACAGUGUCGAAGAUGCAAACGCCGGGGGUAGUGUCGAAGAUGCUAACGCCGGGGGGCCUACUCCAGGCACUUCGGGGCAUCCUUCGGGGCAUCACCAAAGUUUGAAGGAGCAGUUGAAAAUUGUCAAAAAAGCGAAGGCGGCUGACGCGAGGAAUUUAAAAAAAAUAGGGCUCGCUCAAAGGAAGACGUUGGCGAACCUCCGAGAUCUUAAGCAGGUGGGCAACUUUAUGUUGCCGGACGCCCCUACUUCGAAAGGAAAAGGAAAGGGUAAGGGAAAGGGGAAGGGAACCACACCCGACCACCGCCAGUGGAUACCCUGCCCCUUACUCCCUGGAGUGCCGUCCACCCCUCCCCCAAGAACACCUCAGCCUUGGGAGGUCGUGGAAGACAUCAUAGAAGGUUCGCCUACGUCUUCCUCCUGCCUUUUUGCAGAGCCUUUACCCGGCUUGAGAAGGCGUCGCAGUACUUCAACUGCUUCUCAAGCGAACAUCCGGCUGAGUCCCUCCACCGGGUUGAUGACGAUAGUGUCUGCGGAAUGUACACCUACUUCCAGAAUUUCUCAGAGGCCGACGUUGGGUUCGGGCAGGAGCGUCCUGACAGACAUGUCCUUCGAGAUUGAUGUCAACGUAGAACGUGACCUGGAAACCGAAGCCAAUAGCGGGAGUGAAAUAGAGGACGAGGAUGAGGAUCCCGUGGAUACUUCGGUCAUCAUAAACCGGAGACCGGAUUUGGCAGUGCUGGGCGAGCCGACUCCAGAAGAGGCCGUCCAGCUCCAAAUUAUGGACGGCAACGAAGACCAGGCCAUUCGGCGUUUGGCUGCGGACGACGAUGUCGACGUCCUAAAUUUCCAGUGGUCUUCUGACUACAACAACUUCAAGGGGGUGAGAGAAACUUUCACCGGUCCGUCUGGCCCAACUUUCGAUCAUUCCCAUGACUCUAUUUUGCAAAUUUUCGAGCACAUUUGGGAUACCAGUGUUAUCGACCAUAUAGUUGCUGAAACCAACAGAUACGCGCGGCAACUACAGACUAAAAAAACUGGAGUUCUCGCGUCGAGGAUGUCUCGGUGGAAGGAUACUACCAGCGACGAGAUGUGGCGUUUUUUGAGUGUUUUAAUGAUCCAGUCGCUGGUAGUAACCAAUGUAGAGCGAGAAUACUGGUAUCCCAAAUAUAAGCAAUUACGAAUUGGGGAGAUUGGAGACAUAAUGCCGUUUAACCGGUACUUGUUACUGAAGAGGUGCCUGCAUUUUACAGACAAUGCUACCUUACCCGAACACCCCUCCAAACUUCAAAAGAUUUUGCCCAUUGUUAAUCAUUUGAACAGCAAAUUUAGCUCGCUGUACCUUCCCGAGCAAAAUGUUGCUAUCGAUGAGUCGCUUCUUCUAUGGAAGGGGCGACUCUCAUUUUCUCAAAGAAUUUCCACGAAAAGGGCUCGGGAAGGCAUUAAAAGCUAUGAGCUGUGUGAGUCCCGAACGGGAUACUUAUGGAAAAUGGAGGUGUAUUCGGGUAAGGGGCACGUCCAUGGUCCGCAAGAAGCGAGUGCGGAUGGGGUAGAACCGAGGCAGGAGGUCGAGAUAGAUGAGCCGGAAAAUUCCACCGCUCAAAUAGUGUACAAUUUAUUGAGACCUUUGUUUGGCAGAGGUCACACAGUAGUUAUGGACAAUUUCUACAAUUCUCCUCUUUUGUCCAGACUUUUAAAAUAUAAAUACCAUACGGACACAAUGGGCACACUCCGUCUUAAUAGAGAGUUUGUUCCAGAGGCUUUAAAGGUGAAAACCAAAAAAAAUAUGAGGCAAGGAGAAGUUUGUUUCAGUUCCACCCGAGACAUUUCCAUACUUACAUAUAUGGACAAGAACGUGGUGCCAAUGAUUUCCACAUUUCACAAGCCUGAAGUCGGCGGAAUAGCAAAGUACGGUUACUACCGCUACAAACCAAAAGUCAUUUUAGACUAUAACAUCGCCAUGGGUGGCAUUGAUCGUAAAGAUCAGCUGCUCAGCAGCUACCCCAUGGAGAGGUCCAGAAACCUAUGUUGCACCCUAGAGGCGGUAGCCGAGCUGGCUGACCGCGUCCAGGAUAUCGUGGCGCCGGCAAGCCACGUCGCAGCAACUUCGGCGACAGGACCCUCGGUCAGCGAGAUGACAGCUGAGAUCUCCGAGUUUAAGCCCGCGAUGAACAACCUAACGCUGCAGCUACUUCCACACACAAAUUUCAAGAACUAA